GUUCAGUGGCAAGCAGACAUAAUAUGUCUGGUUCGCACCUCGGCAUAAGCUAAUCGAUACUAUAUGUGUGACGUCACGUCAUGUAAGAUAAAUUGGAAUAUAUAUUUUUAAUUGAUUUCUAACAAACGUCGAAGUACUAGUCACCGGCAAGACGUGUCGAGUAUUGUGAAUAAAUCACCCAUGUCCUAUCAUCUAUUUAAAUAUCGGGUUCAAUUUAUGAGAAAUGGACCAGCCGCUUUCAACAAGACUUAUUUCGCUUUGCCUCAUCUCUCAACACAAGUUAAAAAGUAUACUUUCAAGAUGUGGGAGCAAACUUGACUUGAUCAUUGAUGCUCAACUUAUUAAGCCUUUAGAGAAAAUAUGUGGUGUAACGUGGUUGAGGCAACAUGGUGUCGAUAAGAUAUAUAAAAUGGAUAACCAACUUGGAACUACGGCAAACCAAAGCAAGCUUUACUUAAUACCAGCUUGUCUAUCAAAGUAUAAAUGUGUACUUGACCAAAUAUCUUCCAUUCUCAGUCAAAAUUCAUCCUUAGCUGAUGCCAAUUGUUUUAAUAUCAUAAUUGUACCAAAAAAGAUUGCAACUUUUGACUCCAUCCUUGAAAGUAAAGGACUAUAUGAUAUUGUGAAACUUCACUCAUUUUCCUGGGAGCUUAUGACAUUGGAUGAGCAGCUAUUGAGUCUGGAGCUGCCAUUUUUUUACAAACAGGUUUUUGUUGAACAGAAUCAUUCAUUGCUGAGUAGUGUUUCAAUGUCUUUAUGGAGCCUAUUCCAUGUAACAGGACAUCCAAAGUAUAUUUUGUCAUUAGGGAAGUUAUCAUCACAUGUUAUGAAUAUAUUCCAAGUAUAUAAAGAGAGUUACAAUAGGGACUAUGUUUGCAAUAAUACACAAGAAAUAAGUGCUUUGAUUGUAAUUGACCGUGAUCAAGAUUAUGGGUCAGCUAUGCUAACUCCUGCGACAUAUAGUGGUUUAUUGAAUGAGAUUUUUAGCAUAAUUUGUGGACAUUUAGAGCUUAAUGUAAAGGAAACCAAAUUAAAAAAAGGCAAACUGAAUUUUUCCACACAAGAAAACAAAUCUGAUAAAAAUACAGUAAUGGUAUUAGAUAGCUGUAUUGACAAUCUCUAUGGUGAGAUUAAGCACAGACAUUUUUCAGAAGUACUGAGUGUAUUAAGUUCAAAAGCAAAAUUACUGAAAAAUGAAGAUAUUAAAGCGUUGGGGAUUCAAGAGAUGAAGCAUUUUGUAGCAACAAAAUUACAGCAAGUUACGCUUUUCAAACACAACUUGGUUAACCAUGUAUUAGCCUGUGAAACUAUAAUAUCAGAGAUGAACAAUAAAUUUGAGAGUUUAACCCAAACAGAAAGUGAAAUGUUAAACAAUAGAAAUAAAAAAAAUAAUUUUACAUUCAUUGAUGAUAACUUUGGAACAGAUAUUCACAUUUACAAUAGCUUAAGACUCAUGUGCUUGUUGAGUUUAACUCAAAGCCUGUCUUAUGAUGAAUACAACUCAUUAGUGUCUAAGUAUUUAUUAGCUUUUGGCUAUAAGUUUAUGUAUGUCUUCAAUAAUUUGAUCCGAUCUGGGUUGUUGGUUCAACCAACUAGUCCAAAACUGUCUUUAAAUAUUAGUAACUUAAGUGAUAGGUUACCAAAAUGGCAAAAUAGCUUCCAGGCAAAUGCAAACAAACUUAAACAAUUACCUUCCAAUACUGAAAAUGAAAAUUCACCAAGUUAUGUGUUUAAUGGAGGCUAUGUCCCACUUGCUGCAGUUUUAUGCAAUACAUUACUAAAUUCUGAAUCUCUGCUAGACAUGCUCAAUAAGUUAUCAGUUAUAAAUGACUUAAAAAUAGGAGGUGAAGUAAUUGAUAGAUUGAAUAAUGGAAUGGAAACAUUGAGUGAUAAAGUUGGCAAAAUGUCACUACAAAAUAAUGAUUGUUGUAUAGAUGCAAAAGCACUUCUUAAAAUAUUAAAGAGUGAUAGUAAAAUGAACAAAGGUGUAUCUUUAAAGCCUCGGAGCAUUCUAGUAUAUGUGAUUGGUGGAGUGACAUUUGCUGAAGUGGCAGCAUGUGAUAUUGUACAGACUGCAACCGGCAGUAAGAUCUAUGUGGCAAGUGAUUGUGUUGCUAGUGGCAGCGACAUCAUGGCUGCCCAUUUUUAAAUAUAUAAUGGGCAAACUAUACCAGUGGAAGGCUCCUUUGCACAGGAAGCCGGCUAGUUUAUGGGUACCAAAACGGCGCCUAUUUCUGCCGUGAAGCAGUAAUGUGUAAAUAUUACUGUGUUUCAGUCUGAAGGUCGCCAUAGGUAGUGCAAUCACAGGGCAAAUGAGAACCCACCCAUAGUGCCACUCAGAAUUUAUGGGUUUUUCAAGAAUCCUGAGCGGCACUGCAUUGUAAUGGGCAGGGUGUAUCAAUUACCAUCAGCUGAAUGUCCUGCUCAUCUCAAAGUGUUGUUCUUCAAUCAAAUAUGUCCUAGAUGGAGCUUUGCAUAUUAUUAUUAAUAAGGUGCAAGAAAAUGGUUUCAUUUUACUAACUGUGCUUUUCUUAUCCAUUUGCUUUGUAACAUAUGAAUAUAUGGGUACAUUACUGUGUGAAUGUGAAACAUUAAUGUGUAUACAUUACUGUUUUUCCGUUUUGGUACCCAUAAUCUAGCCGGCUUCCUGUGCAAAGGAGCCUUCCACUGGUAUAGUUUGCAAAUACAACAAUAUUGCAAUAAAGUAAAAGUCAACCAUAUCUAAACUGUCUGUUAGGUAUGUGUUUUUUUUUUAUAAUUUUAAUGAAUAAUAAUAAAAAAUACUUUAAUGGACAUAGUUUUCUCUGUGAUAACAACUUUCUUGUGUAAUUUUAUUACCAUAUUCAGUUGAUGCUUGUCUGUUUAGAUUUAAUUAUAAGUAUUAUAAGUACUUACUGUAAAACAGAAAGUGAUGUGUACUUCCAAACAAAGGACACUCCUGAAACCAUACUGUUGCAAUGGUUCAACAGAUCAUUAAAAUAUACUGAAAGAAUAAAUAAUGUAUAAAAAUCUGUUUAAUAAAAUGACUGAUCAUUAUGAAAA